GGGGAUCUGUUCUCGGGCGUCGCAAGCCGACAAUGUGAGAUCUACAACAAUAACUACCACCCAGGACCCCUACGACCAACUCGAAGGACGGAAGAGCUGGGGCUUAUUCUGCCGUAGUAUUCUCCAAAUCCGGUUUUUGCUUCCACGCCUCAUCCCUUUCACCAUGCGCUCCUUACUCUAUUCCCUCCUGUCGCUGGCGACACUCGCAACCGUCCUGGCUGGUGAUGCAGCGCCAGCCAAAACAGCAGAGGACUGGGACGAGGUAGUACCAGACACGGUAUUUAAUGGCCAAACAGUGCCCCCCAUGAAGGAGUUGGACUCCAUCCACAUUGAGGAAGAUCUAAGCAAGGGGAACUGGCUGGUCGAGUUCUUCUCACCGAAGUGUCCUCACUGCGUAGCUUUCAUACCUACUUGGCAGACGCUGUACGAAUUUUACUACACAUCGAAGCCGAUACAAUCGAAAGACCAAAGCGAGCGCGAUUCCUUAAACACAUUCACACGAUACUAUGAUUUCAAGUUUGCGAAGGUCGACUGCGUAGCGUUUAGAGAUGCCUGUGAAGCCCACAAUGUCCGAGGCUACCCGUCCAUUAUACAGUUCAAGGACGGCAAAGAGAUAAAGAGGGUAAAGGGGGCACAGGGGCUUGCGGACCUGAGCCAAUGGGUCGAGGAGAUCCUAGAGUCUGUGAGGCCGGGCUCGCGCGUAAAGGGAGGGCCGAAGCUACCCAAGGUGGGAGCUAAUUCAGUAGAGACUGGCCCGGAAACCGAAGAAGAAGUCAAGGAGAAGGAAGGCGCAAAGGAAGAAACCCCAGUUACGUCAGCCCCGGCGAGCGAAGCGUCUGAGGUCACCGAAUCCACGCCACCAAACGUGAAGGAGCCCGAGAAGGCUAAGGCGAACAUGAACCCUUCAGGUAUCUCGGAGCCCCUUACCGCCGAGACUUUCCAAAAGAGGGUAACCGAUGCCCUGGAGCCAUGGUUCAUCAAGUUCUAUGCUCCGUGGUGCCAUCACUGCCAGGCCAUGCAACCCAACUGGGCGGCCAUGGCCCGCGAGAUGCGCGGCAAGCUCAACAUUGGAGAGGUUAAUUGCGAUGCGGAGAAGAGGUUGUGCAGGGACGCGGGUGUUAGAGGCUACCCGACCCUUCUAUUCUUCCGCGGUGGCGAACGUGCCGAAUACAAUGGGCUGCGAGGCGUCGGCGACCUCAUCGCUCAUGCAGAAAAGGUGGUCGAUAUAGGCUCGGGCGUGCCUGAUGUUGACUUGGCUGCAUUUGAGAAGCUCGAAGAGACGGAAGAAGUCAUUUUCGUCUUCUUCUACGACCAUGCCACAACCACUGAGGAUUUCAUGGCUCUGGAUCGCCUCACGCUCAGCUUAAUUGACAAGGCCAAGUUGGUGAAGAGCAAGGACCCAGCUAUGUUCAAGCGGUUCAAGAUCUCCACCUGGCCGCGCAUCAUGGUUUCAAGGGACGGUAAACCGUCUUAUUAUGCUCCCUUGGCUCCCAAGGAUACGCGCGAUGUCAAGAAAGUGCUGACAUGGAUGAAGUCCGUUUGGCUGCCGAUCGUCCCCGAAUUGACAGCCACCAACGCCCGCGACAUCAUGGACGGCAAGUAUGUCGUCCUAGCCGUCCUGAACCGAGAGCGCAAGGAAGAAUUCGCAAACGCUAAGCGCGAGCUGAAAAACGCGGCGCUUGAGUGGAUCGACAAGCAGACGCAGAUGUUCCAGCUGGAGCGCCAGGAAUUGCGUGAUGCAAAGCAGUUGCGCAUCGAGGAAGCAGAGGACAAGGGCGACGAAAGGGCUGUGAUGAACGCGAAGAACAUCCGGAUCGACAUGGACGAGCUGGAUCGCAAGAGCGUUGGGUUUGCUUGGGUCGACGGCGUGUUUUGGGAGCGGUGGGUUAAGAGCACGUAUGGCGUGGAUGUGAAGGUCGAUGGGGAGAGGGCCAUUAUCAAUGAUGAGGAUAAUAAACGCUUCUGGGACACGACGAUCAACGGCGAGCCUAUCCGCGUCUCGCGCACCUACAUAUUGGAAACCAUUCCCAAAGUCAUCUCCUCACCCCCCAAGAUCUCCGCGAAGUCUACCACGGGCACCUUCUCGCGCUGGUUCUUCAACAUGCGUCAUUUCUGCUCUGCGCACCCUUGGUUGGCGCUCGCCAUGGUAGUCGCGGCUCUGCUGGUCGGCUCCGUAGUCGGGAAGAAUAAGAUGAGGAGGAGGGGCUAUGGCUCGCCCUCCGGAUUUUUACAAACAGGUGAAAAGGAUGGUCUGCUCGGGGGCUUUGGCGGGCAAGGGAAGAAGGACUAGAAGUCUGGAAGGUACAUUUGGAAGAGAAAGAAUGGGGAGUACUGGGAUAGGAUCGAUCUCUAGGAUGGGUCUGUGCCGAGGAAGGAUUGACUGGUGCUAAUCUCAUACUUGUUAUAGCAUUUCACAUGGCGCUCCCGGGAUGGAUGCUUUAGGAGGUUGGGUGUAGGGUUCGUUUUGGGACGGCAUUCGUCGGAUCUAUUUGGGAUCGGGAUUCAUAUUCAUUCCUUGCAGCAGAUGUACCAUCAAUACUAGUCCAUGACCAAUUGCCUGAC